UCUACUUUCUCUCUCCUCUAUGUCACUUUUUUAGAGCGAGAGAGAAUCGAGAGACUCAGUCCUCACUCAGACCAGUAAAGUCUUCUCUUCUCUUCUCUUCUCUCUUCAAAAAUCUCCAUUACUGAGUCGCAGACUCGGUCUCCUCAAAAAUGAUGCCAGCAGAGCUUCAAACUCGUCCGAGUAGAACCCUAAUCUCCCCCUCACUCUCCGCACCAUCCUUUUCCCCAUCAUUCAAUGGAUCAAAUUACUCAUCAUCACCAGAACGAUUCCAAAACCCUAGAUCUUCAAAUUCCGUUUCAAAUCGGUUUUCACCAUCAUCAUUCAUUCACAAUCAACGAAUCGCAAUUGCUUUAGUUCCAUCAGCUUUAUUCUUACUUGAUUUAGGUGGAACACCAGUUAUAGCAACAUUAACACUGGGUUUAAUGGUCUCCUACAUUCUUGAUUCGCUGAGUCUUAAAUCGGCUUCGUUCUUCGGCGUCUGGUUCUCACUAAUCGCUUCUCAGAUCGCUUUCUUCUUCAGUUCGAAUCUGAUUUCGUCUUUUAAUUCUGUUUUUCUAGCAAUUCUCGCUGGUUUUCUAUGUGCACAAACGAAUUUCUUGAUUGGGAUAUGGAUUUCGUUACAGUUUAAAUGGAUACAGAUCGAGAAUCCGUCAAUUGUUGUUGCGUUAGAACGAGUGUUGUUCUCUUGUGUACCGAUUUGUGCUAGUACCUUGUUUACUUGGGCUACUGUUUCUGCUGUUGGUAUGAUGAAUUCAGCUUACUAUUUUAUGAUUUUCAGCUGUGUAUUCUAUUGGUUGUUUACCAUUCCAAGAGUAUCAUCGUUUAAAUCGAAACAAGAGAAUAUUGGUUACCAUGGUGGUGAAGUACCUGAUGAGAUUAUGAUAUUAGGUCCAUUGGAGAGUUGUAUUCAUACAUUGCAUUUACUAUUCAUGCCACUGCUGUUUCAUAUCGCGUCUCAUCAUGGGAUUAUGUUUGCUUCUAUCAGUGAUUUGCUUUUGCUGUUUUUCGUGCCCUUUUUGUUUCAACUUUAUGCCUCAACUAGGGGAGGGUUAUGGUGGGUUACGAAGAAUUCAAAUAGUUUGCAAAGUAUUAGAGUUGUUAAUGGUGCUGUUGCCUUGGUUGUCGUUGUUAUUUGUUUGGAAAUUAGAGUUGUUUUCCAUUCGUUUGGUAGGUAUAUUCAGGUGCCACCGCCUUUGAGUUAUCUACUUGUGACUAUUUCGAUGUUGGGAGGGGCUUCUGCUUUAGGUGCUUAUGCAAUUGGUAUGAUUGGUGAUGCAUUUAGCUCGGUUGCUUUUACAACUUUGUCCGUCUUAGUUAGUGCAGCUGGAGCGCUCGUCGUUGGGUUCCCCAUUUGGCUGCUUCCAGUUCCAUUAAUCUCAGGCUUUUAUUUGGCACAAUUUUUUACUAAGAAGAGCUUGCCAUCAUACUUUGUGUUUGUCCUUCUUGCAAGCGUGAUGGUGUCAUGGUUUGUUCUGCAUAACUUCUGGGAUCUCAAUAUUUGGUUGGCUGGGAUAUCUCUCAAAUCAUUUUGUAAGAUAAUACUUGCUAAUGUUAUUCUGGCUAUGGCUGUACCGGGGCUUGCUCUUCUCCCGCCCAAAUUUCGGUUCCUGACUGAGAUUGGUCUAAUAAGCCAUGCUUUGCUUCUGUGCUACAUAGAGAAUCGGUUUUUUACCUACGCCAGUGUAUACUAUUUUGGAUUGGAUGAAGAUGUGAUGUAUCCAAGCUACAUGGUUAUUAUGACAACGCUUGUUGGACUUGCGCUAGCAAGGAGGCUGGUUGUAGAUCUUCGUAUUGGACAAAAAUCAUUUUGGAUAUUGACUUGUCUUUAUUCUUCCAAACUGGCUAUGCUGUUUGUUACAUCAAGGAAUGUUGUAUGGGUUGCAGCCGUGCUUCUACUGGCAGUUUCUCCUCCAUUGCUUCUUUACAAGGAGAAGUCCAAAGCAGCUGGAAAAAUGAAAGUUCGGCAAGGUUAUGCACAUGCUGGUGUGGUUGCUUUGGCCACAUGGUUCUGCCGGGAAACAGUUUUUGAGGUUCUACAAUGGUGGGUUGGAAGAUCUCCAUCCAAUGGCUUGCUUCUUGGUUUCUGUAUUGCGUUGACUGGAUUGGCUUGCAUACCCAUAGUUGCUCUCCACUUUUCUCAUGUUCAGUCUGCAAAGAGAUGCAUACUACUGGUCUUGGCAACAGGACUGCUCUUUAUCCUCUUGCAACCACCGGUUCCGUUGUCGUGGGGAUUCCAUUCUGACAUUAUCAGGGCAGCUCAUAUUUCUGUUGAUGACGUCUCUAUUUAUGGCCUUGUAACUUCGAAGCCUACAUGGCCAUCUUGGUUACUCAUUGCAGCAGUCCUGCUAACGUUAUCAGCACUUACUUCUAUUAUCCCUAUCAAGUACAUUGUGGAGUUAAGGGCAUUUUAUUCAAUUGGGGUCGGUAUUGCCCUUGGUGUUUACAUCUCUGCUGAAUAUUUCUUCCAAGCAACAAUGUUGCAUGCGCUCAUAGUGACAACAAUUGUAUGCACCUCUGUCUUUGUGGUGUUCACUCACUUCCCAUCUGCCUCAAGCACAAGACUACUACCUUGGAUAUUUGCCUUACUUGUGGCUCUCUUCCCAGUCACAUACCUUCUUGAGGGCCAGAUUAGAAUGAAAAGCUUGGCAGAUAUGGGAGGAAUCGGAGAAGCUGGGGAAGAAGACAAGAAAGUUACUAUGUUGUUGGCCGUGGAGGGGGCUAGGACAUCCCUUCUUGGGCUGUAUGCUGCGAUUUUCAUGGUAAUAGCUCUGGAGAUAAAGUUUGAGCUUGCCUCGUUGAUGCAUGACAAGGCAACGGAUGGUAGGGUUGGCGUUCAGAGCCGAUCAGGGCAGAGAAGUUCUUCUGCUGGUUUCCCACCAAAGAUGAGGUUUAUGCAACAGAGAAGGGUCUCAACAGUGCCAACAUUCACGAUUAAAAGAUUAGCUGCUGAAGGUGCUUGGAUGCCAUCAGUUGGUAAUGUUGCCACUGUGAUAUGUUUUGCUAUAUGCCUAAUCCUGAACCUUAACCUGACUGGUGGCUCGGACCGUGCAAUAUUCUUGCUGGCGCCAAUAUUACUACUCCUCAACCAAGACUCCGACUUAGUUGCUGGGUUCAAGGACCGCCAGAGAUAUUUCCCAGUGACUGUGGUAAUCUCUGUAUACUUGGUUGUGACUGCAGUUUACAGAAUAUGGGAAGAGGUUUGGCAUGGGAACGCUUGGUGGGGAUUAGAGAUAGGAGGGCCUGACUGGUUCUUUGCAGUCAAGAACACUGCACUUCUUAUCUUGACAUUCCCAAGUCACAUCCUGUUCAACCAGUUUGUGUGGAGCCACACGAAGCAGACCGAUUCAAGACCUUUGCUUACGAUGCCCCUGAAUCUACCCCCCGUGAUAAUAACAGAUGUAAUCAAGGUCAAGAUAUUGGGGUUAUUAGGACUUAUUUAUUCCCUAGCCCAGUACCUAAUCUCGAGACAGCUCCAUAUUACAGGAAUGAAGUAUAUUUAAAUCAACCAACAUACACUGUACAAUAUCUGUAGGUAGCCUUUCAGUGGGUGAUUGGAGCUAUGAUAUGCACCCGUUAUAUCCAAUAGGAUUCAGAUUCCAUAGUGCACUACACCAAACCAAUAUUGUCAACCACUGGGAAAGAGUUUCAAAUGGGUAUCCAUUCAAAAAGGGGAUAACCCAACUCCUACUGAGGAGUUGAUCAAUCAAUGUAUUUAAAAUGAGCUUCUCCCCCUGGCUGUGCACAGCGCUUAACUUCCCCCAUAAGGGUUUUAGAUCACACUUAUUCUUGUUGCUACAUUUUGAAUUUUUGUAGCUGUUAAGAGUACACAGACUGAUGGGAUAUUGUUGCAUAGAUUGCUAGACAAAUGUCAAGUUGUGGGGAACAUUAACAAGAAUAUCAGAUAAUAGAGAGCCCUAUGCUCCUUCAAACA